CGACGCAUUGUAGAACAGGCCGUAGUGGCACCGGAGUACUGAGGCGCGGAAGCAGUAGCGGUUUGAAGAGAAAAAGAGAUAUCCUUUCAAGCCCGAUCUCCCACCGUGUGGCAAUUGUUUUCUUCAUUUGCAGAACAUAUUUCGUAGUGCAUACACGUGUAUUUGGUACAAAAUUUGCAAUAAGAUUAGUAAAUUCAAUUACACUAAUGCAAAAUGAACGAUCGUGAUUGCAUUAUUUGUGAAUUUACAAACGAAGGUGAAAGUUUGGCAGUAGGAUUCCGGGCUUGGUUAUGUGAAAAAUUUAACGAUGAAGAUAUUGAAGAAAUCAUUAAAAGUGGACAAACAGUCACCAUAAAAUGGCCUUCAAAUGUAGAAGUCGUACCUGCAUCAAAAAUGCAGAAAAAAUUAAAGAAUUGUAUAUGGCAACAAUCAGUUGCCAAAAUUUUAGCACAUGGCGAUUGGACUAGUAUGUGUAAUAUUCGUGAAAACUGUAUUAAAUAUGGCAUCCCUAAUCCUUCUAAAGAAGAACGGAAACUAAUAAAAAAGAAAGUUACUGAUGAUUCCAGUGAUGAAGAAGAUAUUGUAAAAAAUAAAGCAAGUACUUCAAAAGAUGCAAACAAAGAAAGCAUUAUGUACAACAGAAGAAAAGAAAUAUUGAAACGCUGCCAGGAAACGAAGAAAACAAAUACGAUUUUAGAUGAUUCAGGCGAAAAAUUAUCCGAAAGAGAUUUAUUAAAAGAGUUAUCUUUUUUGCGAGAGAAAAACAAAAAACUCGAAGAAGACAACAGAAGAUUGAGAGCGUUGAGAGCUGUUAAUGAAAACUUGUCCAACAUACAAGAUAUGAGCAAGCGUGUCAAAAAAGAUUUGCAAGAGAUGAAGGACAUGCUACACGAAAUGAAUAAUAAUGCAAAAAUAAAAAGUAAAAUUACUUGCGAAAAUGUACCGGUGUCUCAAUUAAAACAUGACGAUAAUAAUGAAGAGAAUUUGAACACCUUUCUAUUCGAUAACAUUGAACUGACAAAUCAUAAUCAUUUCUGCGAUAACAUUGAUGGGGAUCAAUUAAUAAAGGAAGCAGACAUAUUAAUUGAUACGACUGUAGAUACGUCUACAUUGGAACCAAGUUCAGCAAUAAACAGCAAUGAGCAGGCAAAAUUAAUUGAUUUGGACGGGAGUGCACGUGUGAUGGUCAGUGAGGUCCAAAUUAAUAGAUGCAACCAUACAUCGGUAUCAAAACUUACUAGCGAUCUAAUGUCAGUAGUUUUUUCGCAAACGGACCUUGCAAAUUCUUCAGUAACUGGGAAGGUAGCAAAUAUACACAAGAAAAAAGAGGGAGUUAAGGCUAAAGCAAAGCUCGACCCACUAAAAGUGGAUGCGAUCAAAUUUUAUGUGAACUCAAAAUUUAAGUCAUGUGCAAUAUCUAAUAUAGAUCAACUAAUAAAUAAAGCGAUUGUUCAGAAGCUAAAUAACGCUUCUAAAAAUAAUAAACGUACAACCAAUAAAGUGUGGAAAUUGUAACUGGUUAAUCAAUGGCUUGUUACAUGUUAGCCUGUUAGAGCAUUCAUGUUUUCGACAUUAUGAUGAGGAAAAACAUUUGCUACAUGUUGACGACAAUAAUGUUGCAUCUAUUAUUGAAAAGGAUCAAUCAAUAGACAUCCAAGCAAGCAAUGUUACUGAUUACAAUGAAGCGCUUAUUAAUGCUGUAUACGCUAGACCUGCAUUAUACAACUAUCGUAUACCACUCAAAGAAAGGACAUCUUUGAAAAAAAAGGCAUUAUGGAAUGAAGUCGCGAAUUUAAUGAGUACAAUGACAGGCACAAGUGACGUAGAAUUUGUUCAAAAACGAUGGAAGCAACUUCGUG